AAGCCGCUGCUCGCCUGAACGGGCUUAGCCACUCGAUUUAUAAACAUAAAAGUACGUUAUUAUGUCUGGCUCUGAAAAUUUAAAACCUUGUUCUGCUUUAAACCCCUGAGCUGUUACAAGUUCAUCAGGAAGUAGACAGCGCUCCUCCAGGAAGUCUCAGGCUCCUGAUCCCUCAUAGCUGUGUGAAGACAUGAAAUCAGAGACAUGCAAAGCGUCAGAAGUCUGUGUGAAGAAAGAGGAGACGCUGGGGCUGAACAUCUUCAACCAUGGAGAUGACAUCGACAACCCACUUGAAGGUCUCUCCAUUAAAGUGGAAGAUCCUGACAAGAAAGACUACCUCUACUGUGAAGUUUGCAAAUCCUUCUUCUUCAGCAAAUGUGAGGUUCAUGGACCGCCCCUCUUCAUCCCAGAUACUCCUGUUCCCAUGGGGGUCCCUGACCGAGCCAGACAAACUCUUCCUUCUGGGUUAGAAAUCCAGAAGUCCAGUAUUCCUGAUGCAGGCCUGGGAGUGUUUAAUAAGGGGGAGACUGUUCCAAUAGGUGCACACUUCGGACCCUAUCAGGGAGAGCUGGUAAACAGAGCGGAAUCCAGGAACAGUGCAUACUCCUGGGUUAUGUGCAGGAGCAUGCAGUGUGAAGAAUACAUAGAUGCCAAAAGAGAGAUGCAUGUGAAUUGGAUGAGGUAUGUGAAUUGUACCCGUAACGAUGAAGAACAGAAUCUUGUGGCAUUUCAGUAUCAAGGGGGAAUUCUGUAUCGUUGCUGUCGACCCAUUAACCCAGGACAGGAGCUCUUGGUGUGGUUUGAAGAGGAGUACACCAAAGAACUUCGUCCUGUACCUACAGGAACAGCCAGACAGCAAGAAGUAAAGGACACUCUGCUGCAGGUGUUUUCCUGCUCCACAUGUCCUCGUUCCUAUGCAUCUCAAAUUGACCUCGACAAACACAUCCAGAGAUGCCAUUACGAAGAAUAUGUGAGACUUCGGGAAUCAAGAGAGAUUAAAUAUGAACUUCAAAUCCCCUCCAAAUGCUCCAGUAGUGAGCCCACAUCAACUGAUACUCUCAGUUCUGACACAUCUCAUAAUGAUAUACAGAAGGGAAUUCACCACUGCCCAGACAGUGGAACAAGAUUUGGUCAUCAGAAUGCACUCAAGACAAACCAGCGCCUUCACACAGGAGGAAAUCCACAUUACUGCUCUCAGUGUGGAAAGAGUUUUACUCGUCAGAGUCAUCUCCAAAAACACCAACGUAUUCACACAGGAGAGAAGCCGUAUCAUUGCUUACAGUGUGGAAAGAGUUUUACUCGUCAGAGUAAUCUCCAAACCCAUCAGCGCAUUCACACAGGAGAGAAGCCGUAUUAUUGCUCACAGUGUGGAAAGAAUUUUACUCAUCAGAGUAAUCUCCAAACACACCAGCGCAUUCACACAGGAGAGAAGCCGUAUCACUGCUCACAGUGUGGAAAGAAUUUUACUCAUCAGAGUAAUCUCCAAACACACCAGCGCAUUCACACAGGAGAGAAGCCGUAUCAUUGCUCACAGUGUGGAAAGAAUUUUGCUCAACAGAGUAAUUUCCAAAUACACCAACGCAUUCACACAGGAGAGAAACCGUAUCACUGCUCACAGUGUGGAAAGAGUUUUACUCACCAGAGUCAUUUCCAAACACACCAGCGCAUUCACACAGGAGAGAAGCCGUAUCACUGCUCACAGUGUGGAAAGAGUUUUACUCGUCAGUGUGAUCUCCGAAAACACCAGCGCAUUCAUACAGGAGAGAAGCGUAAUCACUGCUCAUAGCAUGGAAAGAUGUUUACUUGUUCUGUUACAUUUAAGACCCACCAGUGCAUCAAGUUAGAGACAUUGCAUGAUUUAAAGUUGUCAAAUUAAAUAUAGUUAUUAGUCAUUAACCUGAAAAUGACCUGUACUUUGAACUUUUUGUUAUAUGACCAUA